AGAGACUAGUGUCGGGUUCGGACGACUUUACGCUAUUCUUAUGGUAUCCCGAAAGGGAUAAGAAAUGUGUGGCCAGAAUGACAGGCCAUCAACAGCUUAUAAAUGAUGUCAAAUUUUCGCCCGACGCUCGUCUCAUAGCCAGCGCUUCCUUUGAUAAGUCUAUUAAGUUAUGGGACGGAAGGACUGGAAAGUUUGUGACAUCACUUCGCGGACACGUGAAGGCUGUCUACCAGAUCUCGUGGUCAGCGGAUAAUCGACUAUUAGUGAGUGGAAGCGCUGAUUCAACUCUUAAAGUGUGGGAUAUUAUAAAUAAGAAAUUAAUGAUUGAUUUGCCCGGACAUGAAGACGAGGUUUAUGCUUUGGAUUGGAGUCCAGAUGGAGAGAAGGUUGGAAGCGGUGGCAAAGAUAAAGUUCUUAAAUUAUGGAAGCGAUGAUAGCUUUAUUUCAAUUGAUUAUAAUUUCAAUAAAUUUUUAACCAAAUAUAA